AUGUUUUGUAACAUUUCAAUCUAUUCAUCUCGCUUUCAAUUUGUUCCUUUCUUUCUCUAUUUUUUCAUAUCUAUCUAUCCAUAUCUAUCUAUAUCUGCUUGUUCCUAUCUAUUUCACUAUCUAUCUAUUUCAGUCUGUUUCUAUCUAUCUAUUUUUUUCACUCUGUUUCUAUCUAUCUAUUAUAGUCUCUUCUAUCUAUCUUUCUCAGCCUAUUCAUAUCCAUCUAUUUCACUCUGUUUCUAUCUAUCUAUCUAUCUAUCUAUCUCAGCCUAUUGUUUACAUUUCCCUUUUUUCUGUAUCCUAUCAUCUCAUCGUCUGACCCAACGGAAUCAGACACCAAUCUACUGUGAUAUGUAUGGACGAGAAUACUCCCAGAGGCUAGAUACUCCUCGGUUAACAUACAUGACGGAAAACCCUAUUCAUUGUGAUGUAUUUCCAUCAAAACAUGCAUUAGAAACACCUCGUAUGGCAUACAUUACAGAAAGUGUAUUCCACCCAGAUCUUUUUGCCAAAGACUUUCAAGCUAGGCACAGUCUGCCUCCUCAGAGAAUUAAUCAUAUCAGUGAAAAACAAAUACACAAUUCAAUUGAGAUUCCAGUCUCAGCAGGAAACAAGAACUUCUCCCAGAGAUCAAUCAUUCAACAACCGGAAACCAACCGAAUCCAUAAUGACAUGUCUGGAAAGCAGUAUCCAUCCAGCCACACUUUUCAGCAGGUUCCUCGGGUACCACACGGAGUCGCUGAAAAACAUAUCCAGAAUGAAAACACAGCAAAACAUUUUCCUACCACCUCAACUAGCAGUGGGAGCCAAAAUUUGCGUUCAACAAGCCAUAUUGGGGAAAAGCUUAUCAACAGCAAUGUACCCAGUAAACAUUUUCCCAGUUCCAGCCAUGUUGGUGAGAAGCAUACUCCUAAUGAUAUUCCAAGCAAGGCGUCUUUUCAGAAAGAAUCCUUUUGUCAUUCUCCAGUAACAUCUUCACUGAUAGGUGAGAAACAUAUCGCGAAUGACAUUCCUGGUAAGCAUUUCCUUUCUGGUUCAGGCCUUCAGACUCCCCGUUUGACUCCAGUCAAUGAGAAUGCUGUACUGAAUGAUAUGUACAGCAGCCCUCCACAUCAGGCGUGUUAUUUAUCACCACCUCAUGAAAACCGAAUGAGUCAGCCAAUGUCAGCAGGUUCCAGUUCCACCCCCAAAACACAGUUGCACCAGCAGGAAAAUCAACCAGAUCACUAUCAACGAGAACAUCAGUCUCCACUACCCACAUCUAAUAACAACAAUAGCAACACAGUUCCCUUAUCACAUUCCAAUACACCAACUCCAAAAUCCUUUCACGGUGAUGAAGAAUUGCCCCAGCACCACUUUCGUGAACAUAUUGAUCAACAUUGUCAGAAUUCACAGUUAUCUGAUGUCAGUAAAAUGACCCCCAAACAUAGGCAAGAGUACCAUCCUCCACUUACCUCCCAACAACACAACCCACAUCAAUCAGUAGCAUCUUCACAGCUGCGGCAGCUGUUCUGCAGCUACUGUGGCAAAGGUUGUCUCAGAGAGAUUCUUUGCGAGUACAUCAACGUAUCCAUACAGGUGUUCGACCUUUUGCCUGCAACCUUUGUCCAAAACAGUUCACACAGAGAAAUGCUUUGCAGGCCCAUUUACGCACACAUUCAGGGGAACGGCCCUACCAAUGUGAAAUAUGUCAACGACAAUUUACUCAGAAAGAAUACCUCAAUGUGCACCGCCGAGUACACACUGGUGAGCGGCCAUUUGAGUGUGAUUUUUGUGGGCAGAGAUUUGCACGUCGCAACACACUUACAAUACAUAGACGUUCACAUACGGGUGAGAAGCCCUACCGCUGUGAUAUCUGUUACAAGCAAUUUGCACAAAGAGACUACCUCCGAAUUCAUGCCAGAAUUCACACAGGUGAAAGGCCAUACCACUGUGAAAUGUGUCCCAAGCAGUUUUCUCGCCGUGAUGCACUGA